AUGCUAGGAAGUCUUCCGAAAGCCCUACGUGCUAUAAUUGCCAUAUUUAUCAUUCUUGUCCUAAUCCAGUCCCUGCUCAUUCUAACAGAUGGGCCUACGGUGGCAUACCUCCCAAGUCACCAUGGUGUUCAAGCAGACGUUGACGCAGUGGACUGGUCGCGCUUUGCCUACACGCAAUAUGUCACUAACACAGCCUACCUCUGCAAUUCAGUCAUGUUGUUUGAAACCCUACAUCGCUUGAACAGCAAGCCUGACCGAGUUAUGAUGUACCCAUCGGAAUUUUCGCUAGACGAAAACGAUGCUGAACCGAACUUAGACGAAUUGUUCUUCAUGCCUCCAUGCCCAUUAGGAUUACCUCGAGCCUACUGGCUUAACCCUGAUGAACGUGUCCAAGGCACCGGGUUGCUACUGAUUCAACCUUCUCAUUUUGAAUUCCGCCGCGUCAUGGCUGCUAUUAACAAUGCUAGUGGUUCCGAAUAUGACAUGGAAAUUGUGAACACUCUCUACAAGGACAGUGCACUCAUCAUCCCGCAUCGUCCAUAUAUGAUUCUGACAGGGGAGUUCCGUGGUGAAAUUCACACCAAGUACUUGGGCAAUGACCAAGAAGUCUGGAAUCCAGACAAAGUGCUCCGUGAGGCUAAAUUCUUACAUUUUUCUGACUGGCCCGUCCCAAAGCCCUGGAUCAGAGCCCCUCAAGAAGUCAUGGAUCACGAACGGCCCCGCUGUCGAUCCAAUGCGACAAGUGGACAUAAAGACGACUGUCGCGAUCGUGAUUAUUGGUUGGGCUUCUAUGCCGAUUUUUCUAGACGACGAGCAGAUGUCUGUGGCGAGGAUGUUUAA